AUGUCUCUCGAAGAGCUUUUAGCUAACUACGGUCUUCAGGCGCCAACUAGCAGAGGUUCAAGUCCCAGUGGUUGCGCCUCUGGUGGGCGAUCAACUCGCGGACGCCGCUCAUUAGGUACGGAAUCGCCACUCAACAAUGUUGAUCAGAACCAAACUUUGCGCAAGGCUGCUAAGCGAUCAGUCGAACCGGCCGUUCAAACAACCCCUCUUAAUACCGGCCUUGUUGCUGUUACUGUUGGCGAAUUGUGUCAACCUUCUUCACCUCGACGUAGGCGUACAGAAUCAUCGACUGGCACUAAGCCUGAUGAUUCAACACGACAGUUGGAUUUGGUAAGCGUAUACAUAAAAUAA